GUAUAAUUCCGUCGUUCCAGGGCAGUUUCAGCAACCAGUCGGAAGUGCUUCCACAGUCGCUCCUAAGAACACCGAUCCCAACUCGGUUCACAGUGCCAAUGUUGCUGGCGGUCAGCACAGAUAAUUUUUGGAUGUUUGUCCCCUGUAACCGCGAUCCUGGUCCACGUUACGUAAAUCCUGGAUCACGCCUUACCACUAAUACGUCACGGCGGUCACGCCUCUUUUAGUUUGCCUCGUGCCAAAGUGACUGUGCACUGUAAUGUGUGUGUACGUUUUCGAUUUUUGCAAGCUUGUCGUCUCUAUUCGCUUCCAGUCUCAUAUUAAACAGAGUAGUAAAGCCACUACACUGACUGUGAAAGGUGAUAAGUACCGUAGACAGACAUGCUAGUUAACCAGUCAAACGACUUUUAAAUCGUAUCGAAUGAGAUGCUAACAAUGCAAAAUGAUAAAACUAAAAGUGGUUGUAUUUCUCUUGGUUUUGAAAUAAAUGAUGUGGUGCUGUACUUAUUUGACACCCAGAGUCAGUUUCAAUGCUAAUGUCUGAUGACAUGCGCAACAACGCUGUCUAAGACUCUAAGCCUAUCUUACCUGGAUCAUAAACAGCUGAUCCAAUUGGCUACAUAAUCCCAAGAUUCUGGAGAACUGCAACUAGAGGAAUUCUUCCAGAUUUCUGCAGAACAGCUGUGAAUCAUUUUGAAUGGGGAUGUUUGAAAACGGGAGUGUUUGGAAGUCUUCGUGUUUAUGGUAUCUGAAAGCUGGAAGGCGGACAUGAUCGCGUUUGUUAUGUCUGCAGACGUACACUGUGAAAGUUUCCAUUCAGUGCGACCUUGGAUCCGUCGGAGCUGUCGGAAUUUGAUCCUCUGAUGUCUCUACCAGACAUCUCCCAACGUGAUGAAGGUGCCACGAAAAAUCUGAUUGAUUUUUCGUCGGAGGUGUCGAGUCGUGGUAAAGCGCACGAUGAUCUGUUGAAUCUUUUGUAUGCAUGCGGGACAACAUCCCCCUACGCCGCUCCGCGUCCGCGCUGGUCCCAGUCGAGCGUGGGCCCACUCCCUCAAGAGAAUGGCUUCAACAAUGGCCAUGCCUCUGCCUGGCCCAGUCACGCUGCACCACACGCGUACGGCCACUACAAUGCCAACCUGCAGAAUGUCAGUCUGUCCGGGUAUCGCGUGGCAUCCAUCCCCAAUGCCUCCUUCCUACCGCCCGCCGUAGACCGCUUACUCAUCCGCUCCAGCACUAGCACCCCCGCCUUCCCCACCGCCCCCGCCCCCCUGGUGAAACCCGUUAAUGUGGUCUCGUUGUUUCAGAAGGAGACGGCGGAGCGACUGAAGAAGACGGGGGAUCUGAUUGACUUUGGCCUGUUGGCGCCUAUUAAUCACGACAGCGACUGGAGUGAAUUUGAUCCACUGCGGCCCUUUUCAGUGUCGUCGGAUUCCUCCACCGAGUCCGUCCAGCUGGAGAAUGGGGAGUUGGGUGGGUGGACGCGAAUCGAUGAUAUGGAUUUGGAAUCACGAAGAAAUUCACAGACUAUCAGUCUGAUUGAUUCGGAGAGUAAGGAGGCCGAAGCAGCCAAGGAUAAUCGGGGUAAAUCUAUUUCCCGAGCGCCAUUUGAUGCCGAGAAUGAUAGGCUAGCCUUGACACCGGCCAAAUCCGAGAACGAGAAUCUGCGCAGCUUCUUCGCCAUGGUGUUCCGACUGCAGAAGGAUUUCCGGUACGAUGAUGAACUGACCAAUGUGGGCUACAUCCGGGCUCCCAUGGUCGAAGAAUUUCAGCGCAAUCUCUCGGGAAGCAUCAAGUUAAACGUUCACCAUCGACCGUCGGAGGCAACCGUGUCAUUUGAUUGCGAUGUGCAGACCAGUGUGGAACAUGCCAUCUUUCAUGUGCUGUACGAACUGAAGGGCGAUCAAGCAUCGUUAAUGCAGAUGAACCGCUACAUGUUGCGGAUUCACGGGCGGAUGGAUUGUUUGUCCGGAGAAGCUCCGCUAGCCGAUUAUCAACACGUUCACACGUGCCGCAUCAGCGAAACCCCUUUGAACGUCAGUUUGUUAGACAUGAAUGACCAUCGUGACAUGCGACGCACGCUGGAAGAUGACCAGCGGCCUUUCAUUUUGGAUGACAUUUGUAAGCGGCCGAAGGAGCCCAGUUUGGAGGAUGUCGAGAUUUUGAUAGACAUUUUUGAGCGAGAAGUGGAAAAAUAUAUUAAAGCGUACAAAGAUGGUAAAACCGGAGAGUUGCCCUAUAACAAUGUUUCGCAGACUGUCAAAGCUGUUGGCAGCAAACUACGACGCUUGGAACCGCAUUUCAUAACCACUGCUUUGGAUAAGCUGUUUGCUUUCACACAUUUAGCCAGUAUUAAUCAAACGAAAGAUACAUCGCGCCUGCAGUCGCAGUUUUCUACCGGAGAAGCGGAUCUGAGAACAACUAUCGGAGCGCUGCGAACGGCUAUUGUUAGACUGUUCCACUUAUAUACCACGACUUUUCGCUCGCGGUUUUCCCUUUAUAAACCACCUGAACGCGUAAAAGCCAGACGAGAGAUGAUCACAGUCUUGGAUCCGGUAAAAUUUUAUAUCGAUUCCGUUCACAGUAUUCCCCCGGAAUGGAAAAUUCAGUAUUCUGGGUUUUACUUUUCUUGUUCGCUGCAUUAUUCUCGGGAAAAUCUGCACGUACCCGUCGACAGCAACACCGUCCAAGUGGCUGACAGUUUUUUCGGAAAACUUGCAUUUGAACAAUGGAUAGAAUUUCGUUCGAUCAGUAUUUGCAGUCUGCCUCGUGAGACCAAAGUGAUUUUAUCACUGUAUGGAUCCGCUGUACAGGAUGAACAGAAACCAUCCGAAGUAUCCGCGCCCGUGAUGUUAGGCUGGAUAUCAUUUUUCCUUUUUGAUUGUGACUGGGAUCUGUCGGCCACGGCCACGUGCCACUUGCAUCAAGGGGAUAAGAUCAUCGGUCUGUGGCGCACUGACCAAAUUAUCACCGAUGGACCGGCUUUGUGUUGCCUUAAUGACCCUAACUCGCCUUUGUUAUGGAUCGAGCUACCCGAGUACGAUGACGAAAUCAUUUUUCCGGCCGUGCUGCACAGCAGCUCUUAUGCGACCAAACGGGAUUUCGACACUCUUGACGAUCAUGUCCAGCAGAAACUUCAAGAUAUCUUGGAGCGCGACAUGCUGCAACCGUUAGAUCAUUGUGAAAAAGAGCUGAUUUGGGAGAGACGGAAUUUUCUUCACUCAUUUCCUGGAGCGCUGCCGAGAAUUCUUCAAGCGGCCCAUGCAUGGGAUUGGGCGUCUUUAUCGGACAUCUAUGCUAUAUUAGAUAACUGGCCGCAAUUAAAUCCUGUGGAAGCCAUGCAGUUACUAUUGAACACGUUUCCGGAUGAAGAAGUGCGCCGCUACGCAGUAAACUGCGUCCGGCAGUCGUCCACCGAGGCAUUGUCAAGGUUUUUGCCACAGCUGGUACAGGCUAUUAAAUUGCAGAACUAUGAUGCCAAUGCGCUGACUAAGUUCCUUUUGGAGAGUGCAUUACACAACAUAAACAUUGCACACGACCUCUACUGGCUUUUGAAAGAAAAUAUUCACUGCCCCAAGCUAGGCUAUCGUUACCGGCUGAUAUUGAACGCUUUGCUGAAUUUGAGUGGUCGGGCGAUGCGAGACAAUUUCAUGCGGCAGGAAGAAUUCAACCACCUGCUAACUGAGACAGCUGUUACUGUCAAGAACUCCCGAGAUACACAGAGAACAACCGCUCUAACGACAGCUCUUCAGGUGCCACAAAAUUUCUUGUCGAACGGCCCAGUUAAUCUGGCCAUUAACUCAGCCUGGAAAGUGGUAUCCUUAGAUAUUCCAUCAAGUUGUUAUUUUCCAUCUUUCACUGUUCCCAUCAAGCUGUCUUUCAAAAGUAUUGAUGAAGACGCUGACGCAAUUAAUGUGAUCUAUAAGUGUGGAGAUGAUUUACGGCAGGACCAGCUGGCCAUGCAGCUGAUUCGCAUUAUGGACAAAAUGUGGCAGAUGAACGGCCUGGAUUUGCAAAUGAUCACAUUUACGAUUCGUCAGACUGAUUUGAGAAAAGGGUUUAUUGAGGCCAUAAACAACGCUGAAACACUCAGAAAAAUUCAGGUUGUCCAUGGUGUAACCGGAGCCUUCAAAGACAAGCCGUUGGCAUCUUGGCUUAUCAAGCAUAAUCCGUCGGAAGCCAAACACAGCCGCGCUGUCGAUAAUUUCACGAAAUCGUGUGCCGGCUAUUGUGUAGCCACGUACGUUCUGGGAGCUUGUGACCGACAUAGUGACAACAUCAUGAUCACUCACGAUGGUCACAUGUUCCACAUUGAUUUUGGAAAAUUCCUUGGAGACGCGCAGACUUUCGGUGGUAUUAGACGGGAUCGAGUGCCUUUUGUUUUGACUUCUGAUAUGGUGUACGUAAUUAACGGCGGAGAAAAGCCUACCAUUCGCUUCCAAGAGUUUGUGGACUUAUGCUGCCAGGCUUUCAAUAUUCUGCGCCGCAACGGAAAUACAUUGAUCACAUUGUUUGAAAUGAUGAUCUACAGUGAUAUUCCAGGAGUUACGCGUGAUGCUUCGAGGUACGUUCAGCGCGCUUUGAUGUUGGAUCUCAACGAUACUGAAGCCACAGCCAGUUUUACCCGGUUAAUUGAAGAAAGCGUGAAAUCGUGGUUCACUCAGUUCAAUUUCUUCCUGCAUAAUUUGGCCCAGUUGAGAUUUUCUGCGGAGAACACCAAAGGCCAGAUGCUAUCGUUUUCAACGAAGGCGUUCUCGCAGCGGACAGAUCCAAGAAUUACUAGCAUUGAAUGCUUUGGCUAUCAGAAGCGCUUUGAUCCGCACAAGUAUUACGUGUAUAUAUUUAAAGUUUAUCGCGAAAACCAACGAGAACCGACAUUUAUUUUCCGUUCCUACCGGGAAGUAACGGAACUGUAUGAAAAGUUGUGUAUGAUGCAUCCGUCAGCCAAACUGAGUCCGGUGUCCCGCGGAGUUCGUGUUGGUCGGACAAACGUUAAGAAUGUGGCCCAGAAACGCCUGGGCGAUGUGCAAGCCUUUCUGCAGUCAUUGCUCAACCAGCCGGAAGAAUUGUGUCAUUGUGAUCUCGUCUACACGUUCUUUCAUGCCUUUCCACGAGAUUCUAGUGAUAUGCAAGUCGAUAAAAAAGGGUUGGAUGCGAAGAGAUCAACAUCGCCGAAGUUGCCCGAUAGUCCCAAAGCACGAGGGCUAGUCAAACUGUCCAUCCAUUAUAAGGAAAAUCAAGGUCUUUGCGUCCUAGUGAACCAUGCCAAAGAUUUGGUGUCCACCGAUGGAAAUGCUCCUGAUCCCUACGUGAAAACGUACCUUUAUCCGGAUAUCUCUAGAACGACAAAAAGAAAGACGAAAAUUGUUCGAAAAAGUCGGCAUCCUACUUUUAACGAGAUGUUGUUGUAUCGUAUGCCUCUGGAUGAAGUGAAAUACCGUGUACUAAAGGUCACCGUAUGGAAUUAUGACCGUUUCAAGGAGAAUCAGUUUCUUGGAGGAGUUGCCAUCAAUCUGGAAUCGUUUGAUUUGACCAAGGAAAGAUCUGACUGGUAUCCACUGGCCUGUGUACGAUAGAACGGAUAAAUUUGAUGUAGUCGUUUAUAGCUGAUUAGUAAUUCAUGCUAUUUUUCUGUGAUUAUCACGUGGAAAACCGAUCAUUUCCAUUUAGUCCAAAGAAAUCAUUUUAACUGUUAGUGGUAAGUGAUCGUUGUACCUCAUUUUCUUUUUGUGUUUUAUUGUCUAGUACUGUGUGCUUUUGAAUUUUUUUAAUCUUUUAGUUGUUUUAUUGUGGUGGUUUGCUUGCUGUCUUUCAUUUUACAAUAUGUUACAGAUGUUUUUGAUGCUUUAUUGCAAAGCAUUGCAAAAAUUAUUUCUUAAUAUCUAUAUGUAUGCGAAAUAAAUGUCCGAAUAUGUUCAUAAUUUUUAUUAAAAGCAUUCACGGACUA